AUGACCAUGGCCAACGUCACAGCUGGGAGGAACUCAUGCACCUUCCACGAGGAGUUCAAGCAGGUGCUGCUGCCCCUGGUCUACUCAGUGGUGUUCCUGCUGGGGCUGCCUCUCAACGCCGUCGUCAUUGGGCAGAUCUGGCUGGCCCGCAAGGCGCUGACCCGCACCAUGAUCUACAUGCUCAACCUGGCCACGGCCGACCUGCUCUACGUCUGCUCCCUCCCUCUCCUCAUCUACAACUACACCCAGAAGGACUACUGGCCCUUCGGGGACUUCACCUGCAAAUUCGUCCGCUUCCAGUUCUACACCAACCUGCACGGCAGCAUCCUCUUCCUCACCUGCAUCAGCGUCCAGCGCUACCUGGGCAUCUGCCACCCCUUGGCCUCGUGGCACAAGAAGAAGGGCAAGAAGCUGACGUGGCUGGUGUGCGCCGCCGUGUGGUCCAUCGUGGUCGCCCAGUGCCUGCCCACCUUCAUCUUCGCCUCCACUGGCACGCAGAGGAACCGCACCGUCUGCUAUGACCUGAGCCCCCCGGACCUCUCCGCCGCCUACUUCCCCUACGGCAUCACGCUCACCGUCACCGGCUUCCUGCUGCCCUUCGUGGCCAUCCUGGCGUGCUACUGCAGCAUGGCCCGCAUCCUGUGCCAGAGGGACGAGCUGAUCGGCCUGGCGGUACACAAGAAGAAGGACAAGGCCGUGCGCAUGAUCGUCAUCGUCGUCAUCGUCUUCUCCAUCAGCUUCUUCCCCUUCCACCUCACCAAGACCAUCUACCUGAUCGUCCGCUCCUCGCCCAGCCUGCCCUGCCCAGCCCUGGAGGCGUUCGCCAUCGCCUACAAGUGCACGCGCCCCUUCGCCAGCAUGAACAGCGUCCUCGACCCCAUCCUCUUCUACUUCACCCAACGCAAGUUCCGUGAGAGCACCCGCUACCUCCUCGACAAGAUGAGCUCCAAGUGGCGGCACGACCACUGUGUCACCUACGGCUCCUAG